AUGAAAUUUUUCUUAAAACGGACAACUUUUCUGCUAGCUUGCAUACUAAUGAUGUCAGUUUAUGGUUCAAAAGAACUAAAUCAAGAAAACUAAAUUAUAAAAUCCAAAUUAAUUUGUGAAAUUCAGAAUGGAAUAGAUGAAUACAUAUAAAUUUUGGAAUUGGAGAAUGACAUGUUUGGGAUCAAAGCUUCAGACUCCACAUAUUAGAUAGCAUUCAAUUCAACAAAUUAAAUAUAAAAUUACAAAGAUGUGCUAAUAAUUUAAGCUAACAAAGAGUUUGAUAUUAAUGUGUACUUUAAUUUUCCUGAUUAUUAAAUAAAUAGCAAUUAUGUUGGUGGGCUUUUACAUAAACAAGUUAAAUUUAUUAUAGAUGAUGAAAACCAAAUUUAUUUCAAUAUCAUUACAUUUUCUCAACCAUCAUUUAAAGAAUUCGCCCUAAAGGAUUUUGGUAAAAUUAGUCUAAGAUAAAUAUCUGAUGACCCUGAAUCAAUUUUUCUAUAAAUAAUAUUUAUAACUCCAUAAAAUGUAGAAGACCAAAUAAAUAACAUUAUUACAAAUUUCAAUUAAUUGAAUAGAAUUUGUAAAAUGCAUGAAUGCAAAACUGAUUUAUAGUUACAGCACUUUAUUGAAUAAAUAGAUAUUCUUCAAAUAUACCCAGCAAAUAUCUUAAAAGCCUAGUUUUCAAAAAAUUAAUUCCUUUAAGAUUUUAAGUUACAUAAUAAUAUGUUUUAUACUGUUGUUUAAAGCGAGUAUGAAAUUAUUUAAAAAAUACAAACAAAUUCCUGCGAUAUAAGUAUGCAAGAUUAAAUUCUAAUAAACAACACUAUUUAUUUAUGGCAUGAGGAGUUAUGUAAUAACUCACAAAGUUACAUAUAUAUUAUUCAAACCAAAAAAUGUUAAAACAUUAAAAAAUGUGAACAUUAUAUUUUCUCUAUUGAAUCUAAGAAAAAAUAUUAACCUGAUAUGCUAAUCAAUCAUUUCGCUGUUUUGAUUUAAAAAUCAAAUUGUAAAUCCUUGGAGAGAAUUAAAUAGCUAUUAUAAAUCAAUGGCAUCUUUUUACAAUAAUAUUCAAUUGAUUCAGAAUCUAAAUAUUAAGGUUCUUUAAACUUUAAUGAAGUGCACUAAGAUAGAAAUUUGAUUAUUGAACCUAUUUAAAAUUUUAACAUUAAAGAUAAAAUUGAUGAUGAUUCUAAUUAAAUUUCAACUUUAUAAUUAUCUCAUAAUUUAGAUGAAAAAUCUAUAUAUAAGACAUUAAAUGGAGUUUAUAUUCCUCAAGAUCCUGAAAUAUUUUUAAGGGAUGAUGUCGAGUAAAUUUAGAAGGAAACAAAAUACGAUAAACAUGAAGAAGCACUGACUUAAUAGAGUGAUUAAAAGAAAGAUCAAUAAUAAAGUUUAUUGUAAACAGACAAUGAUAAUUAGUAGAACAUUGAUUUUAUUGUUUAUGAAGAUCCAAUGAGUUGGAUAAAUUAAGAUAAUCAAGAUGUAGAAGUUUUUUAAUUUAAUGAGGAUUAGUAAACUACAGGUAGUAAAUCAUCAAUCUAAAACAGCUAAAAUAAUGAAAUAUAAAAUAACAAUCAAACACCAUCAAUUUUAUAAAGCCAUACUAAUAAUAAUCAAGAAAAACAAAAUUAAAUUCUAUAAUUAUAGGAUACAUCUGAAUUCAAUUUAUAAAAUUAAUAAGAUGGUAUGAUAAUAGAAUAAUAAGCAAAAGUCGAAGAGAUUAUUUUGGAUGAUUAAGAUAAUUCACAGACUAAAAAUAUUUAAGAGGAUUAAAUUAGUUUUAAUGUACAAGAAUAACAAUUACAAUAAUAAGAGUUAUAAUAAUAAUAAUGGUAACAAUAACAAAAGUUAUAAUAAUAAUAAUAGUAACAAUAAUAGGAGUUAUAAUAAUAAUAAUAAUAAUAAUAAUAAUAAUAAUAAUAAUAAUAAUAAUAAUAAUAAUAACAAUAAUAACAAUAAUAACAAUAAUAACAAUAAUAAGAUAACCAAUAAGGCUCUAAUUCACAUGAAGAGGCUAAAGAGUAAAAUUAAAAACUUGGAAAUAUAAAAAAUGAAAAUAAGUUUUAUUAAAGUCAUAAAAAGUAAUAUCAAGAGCCUGAUGACUAUUAUGACUAUGAUGUGUAUUCAUAAUUGUACAGCGAUUAUGAUAGCGACUAUGAUAGUGACUAUGAUUAUCAUGUUAGAAGACAUUUAAGUCAUCAUCAUAGAGCACCUUAAAUACAACAUUUUCAUCAUCAUUCUCAUCACAUAUCCAGAGAAGAGAGGGAUUACGAUAAUAUAAAGUAAAAUUUAAAUGGAUAGAGUUAUUAAGGUUAGAAAUAAAAUUUAAGAGGAAAAAAACAAAACUAUUAAUUAGAUGAUUCUACUAUCCCUAUUAUUGCAGACAGAAUUACAAUUGAAUAUAAUUUUGUCAAUGCAAAAUAAAAGGAAGUAAAUCUUAGUGAAGACGAAGAGAAAUCUUAGAAGGAAGGAGAAGAAGAUGAUUAAAAAGCUCAAAAAAAUAGUUAAUAAAAACAAUAAAAAACCAAUAAAAAUAAAAAUACUGAAGAAGGAGAAGGAGAAGAUCAGGCAAAUGAAUCACAAUAAUAAGAUGACUAAGAAUCGUAAAAAAAGAAUAAAUCCUAAAAUAACACUUAGAAUAAGGCAUAAAAUAAAAGUUAAGACAAAAAUAAAGGGACGUCGAAAAGUAAAUCUUAAGAAAAACCUUAAUAAUCGGCUAAGGAAAAAGAGAAGAAAAAAGAAAAAGACAAUUAAUAAAAUAAAGAAUAACCUAAAUCUAAGGCAAAAUCAUAAGCAAAACCAAAAGAAGAAGAUGAAAGUUAAGAUAAAGAACAAGACCAAGAACAAGAAUAAGAAAAUUAAGAUCAAGAGAAUUAAGAAUAAGAAAAUGAAGAUUAGGAGAAUUAAGAAUAAGAACAAAACGAAGAGAAAGAAAAUGAAGACGAAUAAGCUCAAGAUUAAGAAAAUAAUGAAGAAAAAGAGAAUGCAGAAGAAAAAUAAAAUGAAGAUGAGAAAGGAGAAGAGAUGGAUGAAGAUGAUUAAUGGAGAGGGUUUAAUUCAAAGGACAAAACAAAAAAGAAGGGUAAAAGCAAAGGAAAUGGAAAUAAAGAGGAAGAAGAGGAAGAGGAUGAUGAAUUGUAUGAUGGAAAUGGAAGAUAUAUAAGAAAUCAUCCUUAUUAUCAUCAUAGAAAGAAUAAAAAGUUACAUUACCCUUAUAAUUAUCCAGGUAGAUACCCUGGGGAUGAAUUGUUUGAUGAAGAUUUAAUUUGGAGAUAUCGUUGUAUGAAUAAAUAGAACAGAUAUUCAAAUCUUGAAAAUCCUUUUAGUGGUUAUCCUUAUAGACAUCGCUAAGUUGUUAAUUCAAAUCCAUUUUAUAAUGGUAAUCCGUAUCUAAGACUUAAUCCAUAUAGUAGAUAAACUUCUACUACAAGUUGUGUUCCUUGGAUGGUUCGAUAAAAUUAUCCUCCAAAUUCAGGGUAUAGGAGGUACUCAAAUUUAUAUAGAGGAAAAUAUUAGGAUCCAGAAUAUCAAUUAAGAGAAAUAUAUCUUAGAUAGCAGUAGUAAUAGCAUUCAAAACAUCAUGUUUAGAGAUAUAGAGAUUAAGUUGGUUAUUAUAAUUGUUAUGGUUAUGAUGACAUAAACCCAUAUUACUACGACCCAUAUGAAAAAAUAAUAGAAGACGAUCCUGGCUAUUAUUUACACAAUAAGAAUAUUAACUAUCCAUAUUUUUAUGGUCCUUAUAAUUAGACCAUCCAUCAUGGUCACAAUUAUGUUAAUGAAAGGCAUUUUAAUGCAAAAGAGGGAUCGAAAUCAUCGAAUCAUAGAAUGAUCUAAAAGAAUGUUGACUUUGAAUAGCAGGAGGAUGACAGUUGCUUAUAAGUGUUCGAUCAGUGCUAUUUUAAGGGAAGAAGAAUAAAUUUAUGUGGAGAAUACCCAGUAAUAACAGAAGGUUUAAACGGAUUCAAAGUAUUUUCCUAUAUUGUACCUGAAAACUUUGAAAUUAGAUUUACAUAAUCAGAUUAGAAUGAAGAUAAUGUAUCAAACAUAUCUGGCUCUGAAGAAUGCUUGCAAACACCUUAUGAAUUGAUACCACAAUUAUAAUAAUGA